AUGGCCUGCGAUUCUCAAACCAGUUGCGAGGGCUGCUCUUGCAGUAGCCAGGAAAACAAGAAACCCAUCAACAUCGAGGACUGCCAGGAGGAGCUGCUCGCAUUGCGAAGGCGAACCCAGCAACUGGAGAGCAAGCUCGCCUCGCUCAAGGUCGAUGGAGUAUCGAGAGAAAAGGAAAGCUCACCAAGUCGUGAACUGCGUUCCCGAAAGUGGUUUGGUAAAAAUGUCAAACCGGAGAUGGGGGCAAUCUAUCUUGAGCGAUAUUUGAACUACGGUAUCACGAGGGAGGAGUUGACGUCGGGGAAGCCAAUUAUAGGAAUCGCCCAAUCGGGCUCGGAUCUAGUCCCUUGUAAUAGAUAUCAUUUGGAGCUGUCCAAGCGAAUUCGAGAAGGGAUUCGGUCUGCCGGCGGCAUUGCUUUUGAAUUUCCUAUUCACCCAAUCCAGGAAUCGUCUCGACGACCGACGGCUUGCCUGGACAGGAAUUUUGCCUACCUGGGUCUUGUCGAAAUUCUAUAUGCCUAUCCUUUGGAUGGUGUGGUUCUUUUGACUGGAUGUGACAAGACAACACCUGCAUGCUUGAUGGCAGCGGCCACUAUGAAUAUCCCUUCCUUAUGUCUCAAUGUCGGCCCCAUGCUGAACGGUUACGUUAAAGAGGAGCUGGCUGGCUCCGGAAUGGUCGUCUGGAAAGGUCGUGAAAUGCUGUCUGCGGGAGAAAUGAAUCACGACCAAUUUAUCGACUACGUGUCGAAGGGAGCUCCCUCGGCCGGUCACUGCAACACCAUGGGAACGGCAUCCACCAUGAACGCACUCGCAGAAGCCUUGGGAAUGGCCCUUCCUGGUUCCGCAGCUAUCCCGGCACCCUAUCGAGAGCGCGCGCAAUGCGCUUACGAGACCGGAAAGCAUAUCGUCGAGAUGGUCUUGACGGAUAGAAAGCCGAGCGAUAUCAUGACCCGGGGAGCCUUCGAGAACGCUAUUGUGGUUAAUUCUGCCAUCGGAGGAAGUACAAAUGCCCCCAUUCACGUCACCGCCAUCGCGAAGCACAUGGGAGUUAGCCUAACCAUCGAGGAUUGGGAUCAAGUUGGGUUUGAUACGCCACUUCUACUCAACAUGCAGCCAGCCGGCGAAUACCUGGGAGAAGAAUAUUACCGUGCCGGCGGUCUUCCUGCCAUCAUGGCCGAAUUGCUUGAUGCUGGAAAGCUACGUGCCGAUGUACUCACCUGCACGGGACAAACGGUGGCAGAUAACGUUCGGGGAAAACACUCUUGGGAUCGUCGAGUGAUUCGAGAGUAUAAGAACCCGUUGUUGGUUGAUGCUGGGUUCCGUCAUUUGCAAGGCAGUUUAUUUGACUCGGCAAUUAUGAAGACGUCUGUUAUCUCGGAGGAGUUUCGAAAGAACUUUAUGGAGAAUCCAGAGGACCCUGAUGCUUUUGAGGGACCAGUCGUUGUCUUUGAUGGACCUGAGGAUUAUCAUAACCGAAUUGAAGAUGAAUCAACCCCGAUUGACGAGAGAACGCUCCUUGUGAUCCGCGGUACCGGUCCUCUGGGUUACCCAGGUGCCGCCGAGGUGGUCAAUAUGCACCCACCAGGCCGGCUGCUGAAGAAAGGCGUCCACUCUCUUCCUUGCAUUGGCGAUGGCAGACAAUCAGGAACCUCCGGUUCUCCCUCGAUCUUGAACGCGAGCCCCGAAGCCGCCGCCGGCGGAAAUCUCGGUUUGCUGCGGGAUGGUGAUAAAGUCAGGGUAGAUCUCAGAAAGCGCCGAGUGGACAUUUUAAUCUCGGACGAAGAGUUGAAGAAACGACGGGACGAGCUGGAAAGCAAAGGCGGGUACCAUGGACCGGAAAGCCACACCCCAUGGCAAGAAAUGUUCCGAAAGGAGACCGAUCAGCUUAGUGAAGGCAUGGUCCUUCGAGACGCUAUCAAGUUCCAACGAGUGGCUCAGCGCUGGGAUGAGCCAAGACAUAAUCAUUGA